AAUGACCAUGUACCUUGAAGCCCAGUAGUUUGAAACACAGUUGAAGUACAAAAGAGAAAAUGAAACUCUACAACAACAGAUAACUGAACUGAAGAUGAACAGGAAUCAAAAACAAGAUCCAUCUAGUCCUGAUGUUCUCAGAAUUGUGCUGCUGGGGAUGACUGGAGUUGGGAAAAGUGCAACAGGAAACACCAUCUUAGGAAAUGAAAUAUUUAUUGAAGACAGUUCAUUUGAAUCAGUGACCACUUUUUGUCAGAAAGAGACGUGUGAGUUUAAUGGGAGGCUGAUUACUGUGAUUGAUACUCCAGGACUGUUUGAUAGAAAGGUUUCUAAUAUAGAGAUCACUAAAGAAAUUGCCAAGUGCAUCUCCAUGGCUGCACCAGGUCCUCAUGUGUUCCUGCUGGUACUGAAAAUAGGACGCUUUACUCAAGAGGAACAGGAUGCAGUGAAUUUAAUCAAAGGAACAUUUGGAGAGAAAUCUAGAAUGUACACCAUGGUGCUCUUCACUGGUGGUGAUGGACUAAAAAAACAUACAAUUGAACAGCAUAUAGAGAAAGCUAGUUCAGACAUUAAAAAACUUUUGUUUGAGUUUGGUAACAGGUAUCAUGUCUUCAACAACAAUAACAGAAGCAGCAACAUUCAGGUUUGUGCUCUCGUUGAUAAAAUUGACUCCAUGGUGAGAGUGAAUGAAGGAAGCUGCUACACCAAUGAGAUGUUCCAGCAGGUGGAGAAAGCAAUAAAGGAAAAUCAGGAGAGAAUCCUGAAGGAGAAAGAGGAACAGAUAGAGCGAGAAAAAGAAGAACUAAAAGCCAAAUAUGAAGCUGAAAUGGAGAACAUGAAAAAAAUGAUGCAGGAACAACAAAAACGUCAAGAAGCUGAAAGUAGAAGAAAAGAGGAAGAGUUUAAAGUGAGAGAGGAACAACUAAAAACAGAGCUGGCAGAAAGAGAACAAAUAAUGCGAGAAGAAUUCAGGAAAAGAAAAGAAGAAGACGACUUAAAGAUGAAUGAGUGGACAGAAGAAAUAAACCGAGAAAGAGAGGAGAACAGAAAACAGUGGGAGAAGCAAAGAGAAGAAGAUCAGAAACUGAGAGGUCAGAAGGAGGAAAAAGAAAGAAAGAGAAGAGAAGAAGAAUGGAGAGAGAAACAGAGAGAAGAGAAAGAGAAGUUUGAGAAGGAAAAAGAAGAGCUGAAAAGAAAUGAAGAAGAAGCUGUAAAGAAAUUACAGCAGGAGUACGAACAGAGAGCAGCAGAGGAAGAGAAGAAAAGAAAAGAUUUAGAAGAGAAAAUAAAACAUGCAGAAGAAAGUAAAAAGAAGGAACUACUGGAACUUCAGUUAUCUCAACUACAGGAGUCAGAAAGAAGGUUGAAGGAGGAGAAGAAAAGACGAGAUGAACAGCAGAAGUACUGCAAAAAGAGCAUUCAAAGAAUGGAGGAACGGUGGGAUUUAGAGCAGUGUGUAAAGCAGUUGCAGUAUGAAUGGGAAAAGCAGAAAGAAAAAGAGGAAAGAGAAUUAAAAGAAAAUGAGAGAAAAGAAAAAGAAGAAGAAGAAAAGAAAAGAAUAGAGAAAAAGGCAAAUGAAAAGAUACAAAAGAUGAAGGAACAGCUGGAAGCAGAACGACUGACAGAUGAACAAGAGAGAAAAGAAAAGGAUAAACAGCACAGACAGGAAAUGAAAAAUAAACUUCGAGAGCAGCAGGAAGAUUUCAGAAAUAAGAUAGAAAAUGAAGAGAGGGUUCGCAACGAGGUGGAGCAGAGAAAUUUGGCCUUCGUUAAAGAUCAACACACCAAAGAGCUGGAGAAUCUGAAAAAACAAACCGAACAAGAAACAAGAAAACAAGCAGAGGAAGAAUUUAAUGCUAAACUGGAUGAGAAAGUUAAAGAAGCAAAAGAUUCAGGUUUUGAAGAUGGCCGUGCAAAAGUAGAGUCAGAAAGAACAAAGCCAGGCAGAGUGUCUGAACUGAGGAUGAUUCUGUUAGGAAAGAGUCACUCAGAGACCAGCAGUGUCGGGAACUUCAUUCUGGGUAGAGCUGCAUUUGAGACUGAAGUUCCUCCACAUUCAGUAGAUCAGCACAGUGAGAGAGCCAGAGGAUGGGUGGAUGAAAGACACAUCACCAUCAUCAAUGCUCCUCAUCUGUACAAUACUGAACUCACUCAGUCAUCUGAGAGACUAAAAGAGUGUGUUUCACUUACUGCUCCUGGUCCUCAUUCUUUCUUACUCGUGGUGCAGCCUCAGAGUUUUACAGAGGAGGACAAAAAACAACUGAAACGCUUACUGAACUGUUUCAAUGACCGAGCACUAAACUAUUCUAUAUUGAUCAGUACUGGCUGGGAGGCUGAAGAGAAAUCUGCAAGUUUUAAAAAGUUUCUGGAUGAAUGUAAUGGGAGAUUUCACACAUUUAAAUUCUUACAUAAAUUUGACAAGACUUCAGUUUGUUGGCUAUUUGAGGAGAUUGACAAAUUGCUGAAAGUAAAUGAAAGUCACCUCACAUGUGAGAUUUUUGAGGAUACCGAUUAUACUUUGCAACAUUAUGACAAACCUGAAAAAGUAGAAGAGAGGAAAAGUGUGAGCUGUCCUAAAGAAAAAAUGCCAGAAGGAGUGCCCUCAUUACCAGUGUUGAACUUGGUUCUGUGUGGACGUGAUGAAUCACUGAAAGCUGCUGUAUCAGAGCUCAUACUGCCUCAGAGAGAGCAGAGAUCAGAUUCCAAAUCAGUGUGUAUGACGAGGACGGGGGAAGUGUGUGGAUACCAGCUCACCCUGGUGGAGAUACCAGCUCUCUACAACACUCAGCUCUCAGAAGAAGUGAUGUGUGAGACUCUCCACAGUGUUUUACACUGUGAUCCUGGAGUCCAUGCUUUCUUCAUCAUUAUUCCUGAGGGCAGAUUAACUAAUGAAGAUAAAGCAGAAAUAGAAAUGAUCCAGAGACACUUCAGCUCCAGAAUCAACAACUACACCAUAUUUCUUAUUAAUCAACAAUCCCAGAGGAAAACAGUGGAUGAGGCUAGAAUCAGUGUAGUCACUAUACAAUGA